GAUUGUGUCUCUUUUCAUUCUCAUCACUCAUCUCUUUAUGUUACUCUUUUCGUAAUAAACUCGUAAUUUCAGAAAAAAAAUAAGAGAGGAAUCGAUAGGACUCUGUAACUCUUCCCUUAUAUGAGAUCUAUAGUUUAACCUAAACCUAAAGGUUUAUAUAUCAAUAAUGAUGCUUUCAGUGAUCGUUGCAAUCCUUGUCUGCCUUGCAAGCUACAUUUACCGAUCAUUGAAGCCUCCACCGCCGCGAGUCUGCGGCGUUCCUCACGGUCCUCCGAUUACUUCUCCGAGAAUCAAGCUCAGUGAUGGAAGAUAUCUUGCUUAUAGAGAAUCUGGCGUUGAUAGAGCCAAUGCUAAUCACAAGAUCAUCGUUGUUCAUGGAUUUAACAACUCCAAAGACAUGGAACUUCCCAUCUCUAAGUGUGAACUUUCUUUGGAAAAAAUUCAUUUACAUGUAAGGGCAUACCAAACGCAAAUAAAAGCUAAAACUCGGGUUGCCUUUAUUCGACAAAAAUGUUUGGAUCUUAUUGAGGAACUAGGGAUAUAUUUUCUGUUUUUCGAUAGAGCAGGGUAUGGAGAAAGUGAUCCACACCCUACACGUACGGUCAAAAGUGAAGCAUAUGACAUUCAAGAACUCGCUGAUAAACUCAACAUCGGACCAAAGUUCUAUGUUAUAGGGUUAUCAGUCGGUGCUUACUCGGUUUAUAGCUGCCUCAAAUAUAUUCCCCACAGAUUAGCUGGAGCAGUCUUAGUGGUUCCAUUUGUCAGCUAUUGGUGGACUAAAGUGCCUCAGGACAUCUCGAGUAAAGCGUUCAAGCUAUUGCCCGAAGAUGUCCGGUGGACGUUUAGAGUGGCUCAUUAUGUUCCUUGGCUCUUGUAUUGGUGGUUGACUCAUCAAUGGUUUUCGUCUUCGAGUAUAAUCUCUGGAAACAGUGCGUUACUGAGCGAUACAGAUUUGGUCAUCAUAAAGAAGAUGUUGGAGAAUCCGAGUCCUCACACGGAAAAAGUCCGGCAACAGGGAGACCAUGAAUGUCUUCACCGAGACAUGAUUGCUGGAUUCGCGACAUGGGAGUUCGACCCAACCGAAUUGGAAAACCCGUUUACUGAAGGUGUAGGUUCAGUACACAUGUGGCAGGGUACUGAAGACAGAGUAGUUCCACGAGAAAUUAAUGAAUAUAUAUCAAAGAAGCUCCCAUGGAUUAAGUACCACGAAGUCCAAGGUUAUGGUCAUCUUCUAAGCGAGGAGGAGCAGAAAUGUGAAGACAUUAUUAAGGCGCUUCUUGUGGAGUGAUGAUCAUCUAUCAACGGACACUAGUGCUGAAGGUGGCAUUUAAACUUUUAGUAAAAAAUAAUUCCUUUGAUAAGUAAGAGGAAU